UAAAUGCAAGAACUUUAAGAAAGAUUAGGUACUGGGUAUCUUGUAUUCCAACUCAAUAAGAUAGUGGGGAGGAAAGAGAUAUGCCCGUCGCUAGCAAAACCAGAAAUAUGCUUGAAGGUCUGGUAAAAGAAGGAUCAUUGAAAUUGUUGCUUGGCAAGAAGAGUUACUUUGGUGAAGAAUUUGAAGAGAUGGAAAAUUCUCCUUCUGCUGGGAAGAACUUUAUACGAGAGCUCUCUCCUGUUGCAAACCUAGUUGUUCGUAGAUGCUCAAAAAUCCUUAGGACCUCUUCAAGUGAUCUUCUGGAGAGCUUCAAUCAAGAGGCUUCUGAUUCUAUGAAGCAUCCAUCACGAUAUGCGAGGAACUUUUUGGAAUAUUGUUGUUUCAAAACCCGGUUAGGACUUAUCUUCGAAGACCAUGGAAGCAAUAUUCAAGAACAAUUUUAAUGAAGACUUAUCUUGAUGGCUUUAUCAAUCCUCAAGGUUCGAUGGAAUGGAGUGGUAACUUUGCAUUGAACACACUUUAUUAUGGAGAGUACAUUGAACAACUACAAGUUCUUUUUUCCUUUUGGCUUCAAGCUUGACUGGUCUUUAACUCAAGAAGAAAAAAAUGCUUUAAUAUUUACCUUGUUGAUCAUUUUAUCCAGCAUAUACUUUUCACUUUUUAUCAAUUAGUAGGCCAUUUUGAUUCCUGUAUACAAUUUGUAUUUUAUUCUUUAGUGUUGACUCUUGACUCAUUUUUUUA